CACAAAUGAAUAAUAAAUGAAUGUCUAUACUAGAUAUGAAUGAGAAGGAGCUGUGUGAAUUUAUGCCCGUCCAGAGUCUCAUUAGGAUCGAAGGCAAACGAUGCGGACUUUUCUUCAGGUAUAGACCUCCAAAUCCAGACGAAGGGUCUAUUAGAGUAUAUCCGGGAAAAUUAAACGUGACCGACACAUACCGAGUCAUUCCCGUGACUCUCGAUACCAGUGUUGAGGAUGUGAUGAUAUCAGCAUUGGAUCAGUUUGGCUUAGAUUCCGGUGAUUUAAAUCGAUAUCGUUUAGUAGAAGUUUCACUCGACAAAGGAUGUGUUCACGAGAGGACUAUGGAUAAUACGGAGAGUCCCUGGGCUAUCAUUAAAAGCACAGCUCGGGAUUCAAUUCGCCAGAAGGAGAACACGAGGUUUUAUCUUCAACAGGUGGAUGAGGUCUACUGUUCCAGUGUCGCCAUUUUUGUCGGCAAUUUACCACCAAAUCUCUCUCAACGACAAUAUGAAAGAAUUUUAAUUGAAUUAUUAGGAAAACCAUAUAAAUAUCGACAAAUCGGUCCAAUAUAUUAUGAAUACGGAUCACUUAUAGUGACCUACGAUAUCGCAGACAUUGCCGUUAAAGCCUAUUAUAUGCUGAGAGAAUCGAGUUAUGACGACAAGAAUCUGCUCGUUCUCCUAUUGCCUAAUAUUAUGGCUGAUAUGAUUCCACCCGGCGUUAGGGGCUCCGAACUUAUCUCAUCAUUCCGUAAACUAUUGAAUCCUUAUCAGGUCUAUGAUCUCGAAAAUGGCGGUCCUCUGCCCGGUCUAUAUGUUUGUCGACAUAUUAAAGACUAUAAGAUAUUGGUUUGUGGCGGAGACGGAACAGUUGGUUGGGUCCUGCAAUGUCUGGAUAAUGUGGGUCAAGAUUCUGAGUGUCAGUCGCCUCCGUGUGCUAUCGUGCCGUUGGGAACGGGUAAUGAUUUGGCGCGUGUGCUUCGAUGGGGUCCGGGAUAUACGGGUCAAGAGGACCCCAUCUCUGUGCUCAAGGAUGUGAUCGAUGCCGAAGAGAUACGAUUAGACCGCUGGACAGUAGUGUUUCAUUCCGAUGAAGCGACCAAACAGACUGAGGAGAAACCGGGUCUUCCGGCCAACAGUUCCGGUUCCACAUCCGAAGACAAUACCGCCAUCUUUGUUAUGAACAACUAUUUUGGACUCGGAAUAGACGCCGAUCUCUGCCUUAGUUUCCAUAACGCGCGGGAAGAAAAUCCCGAUAAGUUUAACAGCAGAUUGCAUAACAAAGGAGUGUAUGUGAAGACUGCUCUCAAAAAGAUGGUGAGUCGGAAGGUAUGGAAAGACUUACAUAAAGAAAUACGACUGGAAGUGGACGGAAAAGUGGUUAAUCUGCCUCCAGUUGAGGGCAUAAUCAUUCUCAAUAUAUUAAGUUGGGGUUCCGGUGCCAACCCAUGGGGUGUUGAAAAAGACGAUCAAUUCUCGCGGCCUAACCAUUACGAUGGUAUGUUAGAAGUAGUGGGUGUUAAUGGUGUUGUCCAUAUGGGCCAAAUACAAAGUGGUAUUAGGACUGCCAUUCGAAUAGCACAGGGUGGCCAUGUACGUAUCUCAAACAUGUUGAUCAUAUUUCAUUUAAUCCGAUUGAACACAGAUAUGCCGGUUCAGGUGGACGGCGAGCCUUGGAUACAAACGCCCGGCGAAGUCGUUAUAUUAAAGUCAGCCCUAAAG